UCCAUGGUAACCGGAAGUAAUUUUGUUCAUGAAAUCACCACUUUUCUGUCAAGACAACAGAUGCGGUAUGAAGCUAUUCAUCCAUGGUAACCGGAAGUAAUUUUGUUCAUGAAAUCACCACUUUUCUAUCAAGACAACAGAUGCGGUAUGAAGCUAUUCAUCCAUGGUAACCGAGUUUUAUCUUGUCCGAAUAGCUUUGCUCUUCUGUUCAUUUCCUAUUAAGAAUUCUUUCUUGGAACUCUGAUCUUACCCCUCAAAAAUUCGAAGACAGAACAAGGCCGAUAGCAACGAAUGAGAUGGAUGACAAAAAGAACAACACAAAAGUGUACCCAGAUGGCGCUGUGUGGAAUGGGGAACUUAUUCAACGAGUUGCCACUUUGGGAGUGAUUAUGACGGCGACUUUAGUUGGAAACAUGAUUAUUGUGUUGGUCCUAUCGCGGUCACGUUACCGGAAACGAUCCUCUAGAGUCAACAUCUUCAUUCUAAACCUUGCUAUUGGAGACCUCGCUGUUUGCUUCAUCACCAUGACGUCAGAGAUGUUGUUUGAGAAUCUUUUUUCAGAUUUGAAAUCCAUGAAGUAUGAAAAAAGAUACAGGAACACCUUCAUCGUCACACACCCGUCUGACCAUCAUUGAACCAAGCA